CCGCAGCACAUCAACCCGCAAGGCCACCACCAACGCGUCUCCUCCCUAAAAACCCCCUCCCUCUCACACCCGGGACCCUCUCAAUCGCAACCCCUCCCCCUCCUCCAAAAUGGAAGCAAUCCAAGCCUACCUCCCCCAAGCCGAAGGCCUCCUCCCAAAAUGGCUCCUCUUCGUCUCUGUAAUAUCCGUCGGAAAUAGCAUCCAAGCCUACACCACACUCGCCUUCACCUCGCGCAUCUACAACCCGACGCCCAUUGAUCCUCCCCCAGUAAUCCCCAAGCACGUCACGGCACUAUCGUCACGCACGUUUGGGACGUGGACGCUGCUUGCGUCGCUGAUACGGUUCUACGCGGCGUACAAUAUCAAUGAUUCGGCCAUGUAUCAGUUGGCCAUGUGGAGCUAUGCGGUGGCGUGGGCACACUUUAUGAGCGAGUGGUUGGUGUUUGGGACGGCGAGGUGGGGGAAGCCGUUGGUUGGGCCGGUGGUGGUUGCGAACACGAGUUUGAUUUGGAUGUUUACGCAGUGGGGGUUUUAUGUCAAGGCUUAGACAGAGGUGAGGUUUUUUGGGGGACUGGUAUUAAUAUCAUGAUGUUGAUGGGACAGCUGAGCGCUUCUGGGUACCUGUUGUAAGAUUCGUCGUAGCAAAGCAUUCCUUCACUUGAAAUAGUACAAUCACCUUCCAUUGAUUGCCA